AUGGAUUCUCAAUAUUCCCCUAGUUCAGUUGCCCCUACAGGUACAGCAGGCAAGGACAAGCACUCGACGAACUCGUUGCUGGAGGAAAGAUCGAUUCAAAAUGGAGACCAAGAUAUCCUGAAGGGAGAGAAGGUGGAUGAGGUUCUUGCUGCCAAGAUGACUCUUAUCAAUGAUACCAUUGAUGAAAUUGGUUUCACACCUCACCACUGGAAACUAUUUUGCCUGAACGGAUUCGGAUAUGCAGUUGACUCGCUCAUCCUCCUGAUCCAGUCCAUUAUUUCAACCCAGGCCAGGUUGGAGUUCAGACCAUCAUAUUCCACAGGGCUCACCAUUGCGGUUUAUGUCGGCAUGUUGGUGGGUGCAAUUUUCUGGGGCUUUUCGGCAGACAUUAUUGGCCGACGGUUCGCCUUCAACUUCUCCCUGCUCAUUUCAUCGGUGUUCACCAUUGUCGCGGGGGCUGCUCCAUCUUGGGUUACCCUGGGUUUGUUUAUCUGCUUGAGUGCUUUCGGUGCUGGGGGAAACCUGGUCCUGGAUACUACAGUUUUUCUCGAAUACCUCCCCGGCAAGGAACAGUGGCUUUUGACACUCUUGGCAGCGUGGUGGGGUCUGGGUCAGCUUAUCGCAGGUCUGUUUGCUUGGGCCUUUCUUCCCAACUUCUCCUGUAGCGAUGCAGCCACAUGUACUCGUGAGAACAACCAGGGAUGGCGUUAUGUCUGGUACACAUGCGGCGCCUUGGUGUUCGUUCUCUCCCUCCUCCGCCUGACCAUUAUCCGCCUUGAAGAAACCCCCAAGUUCCUAAUUUCCGAGGGCAAAGACGAGCAGGCAGUACACGUUCUACGCAAUAUUGCCGAUCGCCACGACCGCCCGUGCAGCCUUACCAUCGAGCGGCUUCAGGCAUGUGGACAAAUCGCUUCUCGAACAGCCCCAGGAUCUGGUUGGUUUGUGCGGCUCAUAUCCCAGAGCGAAGUGCUUUUCCAUCUCCGUGGACUCUUCGCAACUCGCAAAAUGGCUCUGUCGACGACUCUGGUCUGGCUCUCGUGGCUCCUCAUCGGCCUCGCAUAUCCACUUUACAACGUGUUCCUCCCCACCUAUCUUGCAUCGCGUGGCGCAAUGUUUGGAGAGAGCAGUCCGUAUAUCACCUGGCGGAACUACGCCAUCAACAAUACCUGUAGCAUCUUCGGUCCUGUGUUAGCGGGAUUCAUGUGUCGCUCGUCAUGGUUUUGGGGCCGUCGAGGAACCAUGAUUAUCGGAGCUUUGGUCACCAUGGUUUUCUUUUUCUGCUAUACGCAGGUGCGCACUGCGAACCAGAAUCUGGGCUUUACGUGCGCUAUUUCUUUCUGCUUGAAUAUUUACUAUGGUACACUCUAUGCUUACACCCCCGAGGUCUUCCCCUCCGCCCACCGGGGCACAGGAAACGGUGUUGCUAUUGGGCUCAAUCGGAUCAUGGGAAUUGUUAGUGCCAUUGUCGGCCAGGCUGCAAAUACUAGCACGCCCGUGCCGAUUUACAUCUGCGCAGCCCUUUACAUUGUGAUGGCGAUCGUUGCCGGAGCUUUGCCAUUUGAACCGUAUGGCCGACGAAGCAGCUGA